AUGGCUGAUAAGCAGGAUCUCUUGCUGCCUAUUGCCAACGUGGGUCGGAUCAUGAAGCAAAUCCUACCACCGGGGGCCAAGGUUUCCAAAGAAGCCAAAGAAACAGUGCAAGAAUGUGUAUCUGAAUUUGUAAAGUUCGUUACUGGUGAAGCAUCUGCCAAGUGUAGAAAGGAGGACCGACAGACGGUGACUGUAGAUGACAUUUGUUGGGCACUGAGUGCUCUGGGACUUGAUGACUAUGCUGGGGCUACGGUUAGGUAUUUACACAAAUACAGGGAGUUUGAAAGAGAAAGAGUCAAUCAAAAGGUCCAAAACGAAGUCCACAGCACUCGAGCCAAAUCUGGAGCAUCAAACUAUAAAUGUAUCCAAGCAGGGAAACAGACCGAAACCCCCACUCCGCUAUUAUUGUUCAAAGUUACUGAUCAAAAUGGUAGUAGCUCUCUUACAAAGCUAUCUUGA